AUGGAGAAUUCUUGUUGUUUUUUGCUAGUGUUGUUCGGAUCUUUCGCCAUUUCUCAUCUUGUUCAAGCUCAGGAUCAACUAGGAUUCAUCAGUUUGGAUUGCGGGCUACCUGAUACCGAACUGUCUCCUUAUACCGAGGGAUCAACCGGAUUAAGGUUCUCAUCGGAUGCAAAGUAUAUCAAGACUGGUCAAAUUGGUAAAAUUAAUACAACUCUUGAGUUUCUUGAGCCACACAAGACGAUGAGAUAUUUUCCGGAAGGGAAGCGGAACUGCUAUAAUCUGAACGUUGAGAAGGACAGAAGAUAUUUGAUCAGGGCCACAUUCAUAUACGGAAACUACGACGGCCUUAAAACUAACCCGCAGUUUGAACUGCAUCUAGGCCCUAAUCUAUGGACACCAAUAGAUUUGGUAAAAUCUUCGAGUGGCACAUUUGUAGAGCUCCUUCACGUUUCGACAUCAAACUCGUUGCAGAUAUGUCUUGUUAAGAAUGGGACGACCACACCGCUAAUAUCGGCUUUGGAACUACGUCCGCUUCACAACGAUGCUUAUGUCACAAAGUCUGGUUCCUUGAAGCUCUUCACUCGUAAUUACUUCCACGGGAAAACUGGAUCUAUACGGUACCCAACUGAUAUCUAUGAUCGUCGAUGGGGUGCAUUUACGAUCUCGUAUUGGAUCCAGCUUUCGACUAGCCUCCUUGUGGACAAUAGAAACGCUUAUUUUCCACCGAAAGAUACACUGGAAGAGGCUGCCACGCCUAGAAAUUUAAGUGCACCAUUGAGGUUUGUUUGGCGUUCGGAUAAUCCUAAAGAGCAGUUUUACGUGUACAGUCACUUCGCUGAGUUGCAAGAUUUAGGUAGCAAUGAAACAAGGGAAUUUGACAUGUUCUGGGAUGGAAAUAAUUUUGGCGACAAUAUCAUUCCUCCAAAGCUUAAGUUACUUACUUGGCCUACAAUAAACCCAAUGAGUUGCACUGGAGGGAAAUGCAUUUUCGAGUUGGUAAAAACUGUAAAUUCAACACUUCCUCCUUUACUUAACGCUGUUGAAGUUUUCACAGUUGUCGAGUUUCCACAAGCGGGAACAAAUGAAAGCGACGUGCUUGCUAUAACAAAUAUCGAAGCAACAUACGGAUUGAGUAGAAUUAGCUGGCAAGGAGAUCCAUGCGUCCCUCAAGAGUAUGCAUGGGACGGUUUGAACUGUAGCAGCAUUAAUAUGUCUACACCACCAAGAAUCACUUCCUUAAACUUGUCUUCAAGCGGGUUAAAUGGAACUAUAGCAGCUGGUCUUCAAAAUCUAACGCACUUAGUAAAACUGGACUUGUCGUAUAAUAAUUUGACUGGAGGGGUUCCGGAGUUUCUAGGAAACAUGAAAUCGUUGCGGUUCAUAAACCUAAGAGGAAACGAUCUUAAUGGUUCAAUUCCUCAAUCUCUUCGAAGGAAAGGACUAGAAUUAUUGAUUAAAGGAAAUCCUAAGCUUUUCCCCUCUGUUUCGCCUACAAAACCACCUAAUAAUAUCAAGGAAUUUCCAACGGCGAUUGUUGUAUCAGUUGUUUCUGUGGCCAUCAUCAUUGUUAUAUUGAUCAUUUUUCUUGUACUCAGAAAUAAAAAACCAUUGACUACGGAAGUAUACUUUCUUUACCCUACAGCUCUACAAACACCAAGGAGCCCAACAAAGAGAAGGUUUACUUACUCAGAGGUUGUGGAAAUGACGAACAACUUGGAAACAGUAUUAGGAAAAGGUGGAUUCGGUAUUGUCUGUCACGGUAUACUAAAUGGUUCUGAACAUGUAGCAGUUAAAGUGCUCUCUCAAUCAUCAACUCAAGGCUAUAAGCAAUUCAAGGCAGAGGUUGAUCUUCUUCUGAGAGUUCACCAUACGAAUUUGGUGAGCCUCGUCGGAUACUGCGAUGAUGGAGAUCACUUGGCUCUCAUUUACGAGUAUCUGCCCAAUGGAGAUUUAAGACAACAUCUAUCUGGAAAAGACACCAAGUCUAUUAUCAGCUGGCGCAAUCGGCUAAGAAUAGCUUUGGAGGCUGCACUAGGAUUGGAAUAUUUACAUUCUGGAUGCACACCUCCGAUGGUUCAUAGAGAUGUCAAAACUACAAAUAUAUUGUUGGACGAGCAGUUUAAGGCCAAGCUUGCUGACUUUGGGAUGUCGAGAUCUUUUCCAGUUGGAGGUGAAUCUCAUGUUUCGACAAUGGUUGUUGGUACUCUUGGAUACCUUGAUCCUGAAUAUUACCAUACAAGUAGGUUGAGUGAGAAGAGCGACGUGUACAGCUUCGGGAUUGUGUUAUUGGAAAUGAUCACAAACCAAUCAGUGAUUGACCAAACACGCGAAAAGCCUCACAUAACAGAAUGGGUGAGAUUUGAGCUUAACCGAGGAGAUAUUACUAGGAUCAUGGAUCCAAACCUAUACGGAGAUUACAACUCACGUUCUGUUUGGAGAGCUAUUGAGCUAGCAAUGUCAUGUGCGAAUCAGUCUUCAGCAAGACGACCAGACAUGUCUGAAGUUGUAACCGAACUAAAAGAGUGUCUUGUGUCUCAAAACUCGGGGGAAAAUGUGAAGAUGGAGUCUCAGAGUUCUAUCAAUGUGAGCAUGAGCUUUGACACAGAGAUGUUUCCUAGUGCAAGAUAA